CUCUGGAGAGGGGAAGGCCAAGAGUUCUUGCCCACCUUGAAGCCCCUUUGCUCCUGCGGGAGGAGCUUUUCCCAGCCUCUGCUCCCCUGGGGAGAGAGGUUGAGCAGCAGUUUGGGUGGGAAAACAGAGCUGGAGGAAGUUGACAGGGAUGGGCGGGGCCCAUGGGGGCUGACCAGGAACCCAGCUUCCUGCUUAGUACCCAGACAUCCAGCCCCUGGCUUGCCCCCACCCCUUCCAGCCCCCACUCCCCUCAGGAACUCGGGGUGCCGGCCCUCCUCCAAAUCCCAGCUCCCCUCCCCCAUCGGUUUCUCCCCUCCAGGGCAUGGAGGCUGAGAGACCCCAGGAAGAAGAGGAUGGUGAGCAGGGCCCCCCUCGGGAUGAGCAUGGCUGGCCCCCUGUAAACACCACCAUUCGACCUUGGCGAUCUGCUCCUCCAUCCCCUCCUCCAGGGACCCGCCACACAGCCCUAGGACCCCGCUCGGCCUCCCUGCUCUCCCUGCAGACAGAGCUCCUUCUGGACCUAGUGGCCGAGGCCCAGUCCCGCCGCCUAGAGGAGCAGAGAGCUGCCUUCCACGUCCCCCAGGGUCCCCCAAACCUAGCCCCAGCCCCACCCCGGCCCCAGGAGGACAAAGAACAGCUCUACAGCACCAUCCUCAGUCACCAGUGCCAGCGGAUGGAAGCCCAGCGGUCAGAGCCUCCCCUGCCCCCCGGGGGGCAGGAGCUCCUGGAGUUGCUGCUGAGAGUUCAGGGUGGGGGUCGAAUGGAGGAACAAAGGUCUCAGCCCCCCACUCACACCUGCUGAGACUUGAGCCCCCCACCGGCCCGCCCGCCCCACUCCGGGGCUCCCAGCGGGGCAGCCCGCCGCAUACCCUCAACCCUGCUGGGCAGGGGCCCCGGAACUGGGCCCAGCAGACAUCUCACUGUCCAUCGCCCUGGCCCAUGUGCCUGCGAACCGAGGGGGUGAAGGCCUCGCCCCUGGGAACAGGCAAGGUAGGAGGGUCCUCGAGGACCUCCCUGAGCCGGCGCUGGAGGCGGUGAGCACCCCGCGCCCAGGGGCACCGUCCCUCCCGUCAUCCCAGGGAGCGGCUGCGGGGACCCCCAGACGUCAAGCCGCUCGGCAGGGUCUGAGGCCCCCACCUCCCAGGAAGACGCCUCGUCCCCCCAGGCUGCGACCCGGGGGGCAGGCCCGCCGUCCCGGCCAACGAGAGGGGGUGACGGACUGCGCGCUCCCCGGCGCCCGCCCCGCCCCGCCCCGGCCUGAAGUUCGGUUUGUGAAUAAACGCGUUCCCUCCCGA